ACAUAAGAAAAAUGUAUGUCAAUUUUCAUUGAUUUUACAAACGUUUAAACACUGAAAUGUUUGUGUCGUUAUUUUCUAUGAUCCACUAUGUAUAAAGAAACAAAAAAAAAAGUUAUUCCUACAAAUCCCAUCAGAUCACAUUCUCUCGAAAAUAACCAGUAUCAAAGUUGUUGAAAGAAACACCAGAACAAAUGUCAAGUAUGCCGGAAAAGAUGAUAAGCUCUGCUGAAGGUCCCCGGCCGGUUCCCGUGAUCGCAAUGGGUACAGCAACGGAAUCAGUCAUCGCAGGCAUUGAAGCUGUGACACCAUCAACUCUGAUUGAAGCCAUUAAGGCGGGCUACCGUCACUUUGACACAGCAGCGGUGUACAAAACCGAGAAAUCGGUCGGGGAAGCUGUUGCAGAAGCUCUCCGGUCGGGCCACAUAAACUCCCGAUCGGAGAUAUUUGUCACCACCAAGCUGUGGUGUAACUCGUGUGAUCGCCAUCUUGUUGUACCUGCCAUCAAGCAGAGUCUCAACCUUGGCUCAACGACCGCUAACCGCCGCACAAAAACCGCUGCGGGUCAACAGCCAAGGUUAGGCUGGUGGGUGUGGAGGAGGGUAGUUCUUUGGGGAUAAUCCACCACGUAGGGAUGAGCCCCAAGAGAUGGGCCUGCAUACUGGUACGAUGAGGACGGGGAUGGACCAGAGGAGGUCGAUGUGGAUAAGGUUAGGCUGGUGGGUGUGGAGGAGGGUAGUUCUUUGUAUGUAUGUAUGUGUGUGUUGGAUAAGAAAGCAAUGGCCCAUCGCGAGCGGCAAUGGAGGGAUGAUGGGGACGGGGACGGACCAGAGGAGGUCGAUGUGGACUAGGGAUACCGUAAUGGCAUCUAUCCAUGCCGGGAACCUGGGACUUGAGUAUGUAGAUCUGUAUCUUAUACAUUGGCCACUCAAGCUGAUCCAGGAUGAAUUUAGAGGACCGGUCCCAAUCGAGUGCAUAGCCACGAUGGAUUUGAAAGCAGUAUGGGAAGGAAUGGAGGAGUGUCAAACUCUUGGACUCACCAAAUCUAUUGGUGUCAGCAAUUUCUCUUCUAAAAAGAUCCAACAAAUUCUUUCGUUUGCCAAAAUCCCUCCGGCUGUCAACCAGAUUGAGAUGAACCCAAAUUGGCAACAGAAAAAAAUAACAGAGUUUUGCAAAGCGAACGGCAUCCUUGUAACUGCUUACUCCCCGCUAGGUGCAUUUGGCAAUAGAUCAUGGGGACAUAACCGUGUCAUGGAAUGUGAUAUUCUUCAAAAUAUUGCCAAGUCUAAAGGGAAGACAGUGGCUCAGAUUUCUUUAAGAUGGUUAUAUGAGCAAGGUGUAAGUAUAGCAGUUAAGAGCUUCAACGUAGAAAGGAUGAAGCAGAACCUUGACAUCUUUGAUUGGUCGUUGACUCAGGAGGAAUUGAAGAAAAUCGACCAAAUUCCUCAGCGAAGGCAUGUUUAUCUAAUUGGAACAAUGGCGCUUGAGCAUAAUGAUAUAAUGGAUGAGAUUGAUGCAGAGCUUGAUUGAAAAAUAAUCUGAUUAGAAAGUAGUUGUUAAAGAUUAUGCAAUAAUGCCUACUUUCUUAAGAUACCAUCAGUUUGGCUUUAUCCUUGUCUACAAAUUGCUUGUCCACAUUGCAACAAUGUGAGCAGAUUUCCACAACUAAAUUUUAAAAUUGUUUACAUA